AUGAUGCCGCUGAACCCGCGCUUCAUGCGUGGACAAGAUCAAAUGGCUUCAACGUAUCGCGAAGGCGUAUACGAAAAAAUGACAACGGCGAGAUUUGCAUCCGAAAUUACGAAUGCGAUCGUGCGGGCAAACCGAAGUGUACUCAAAAACUCGCUGCCGAAGACAGGGGCGAUCGACAAGAAUACACCUGCAGGGGAAUGGGCCAUCGUUCACACUGGUAAUAGCAGCGCCGUUCACAACCACAAGCCAUCCAUGGACGCUCGUGUCCACGCAGCUCACAGAUCCAGAGCUGCUCAGGGUAUCAUUGCUACUUCUGAGCGCUCAGUUCACAGUACAAUUGAGGCUCAAUCUGCAGCUGGUGUACCUGUAGCCAACAUUUACGCAACAAUGUUGAAUCAUGACCCCAACACUAUGCUACUUCCUAAGGAUAUCGCUAACGCCAAGGACUCAGCUCGUCGUCGAGUUCUCGCUUCCGCUACUCCUAUUGAGGCCCUCUUCAACCAGCUCAACCAAGAGAAGUUAUUUUAUCGAUACACAACAUACCUCGAACUCAAUGUCUUAAAUAUCUACUGUGGGCUCCCUGCUACCGCAAGUCUUUACAAGUUUAACUCUGACAUUUUAGUGAUGAACUGCACGUACAAGACUAAUAAGUUCGACCUCCCGCUUCUAAAUGUCAUCUCGCUUACUGGAAUGGACACUGUAAUCCCUGUCUGUCAAGCCUGGCUUCCAGGGGAGAAGAAACAAGACUACACUUGGGCCCUGAACAUGUUACGUCUAUUGAUGUUAGAGUAUGAUGUCCCAGAGCCGUUUAAUCUUGAUGGGGCUCUUGAGCUUUUCCACCAGGCCGAGAAUGCAUGA